AUGAAGCUGCUGCUGUGCCCGUCUAAAAAACCCAGACUGGUCCAGACUAACAAGUGCUCAGUCCUCCUCCACGAAGACACGACCACAGCUGGAUAAAGAAGACACAAUUACCACUAACUACUAACUACCGGAUUCCUAUUUUAACCUCAGCCUUCUGAAAUGCAUGGAAGAAACCAAAAAGUGCAGCAAUGCCAAAAUCAGAAGUCUACCUUAUUGACUCCCGUGAGACCAGGAGCAUCCAGAUAAAGCAUGGAUCUGCGAGGCAAACGAGGGCCGCCGGUGGUCGGCCUGCAGGACCUGAAGUGCUUCGGGUUGGGAACCCCGGCCACUGGGAUCCCUGCCAGUAACAUCAUUUCAGCCGUGCAGCAGCAGGACUACUCAGCCAGCGUGUGGCUGCGCAGGAGAGACAAACUAGAACAUUCGCAGCAGAAGUGCAUCGUGAUCUUUGCCCUGCUGUGUUGCUUUGCCGUGCUGGUGGCUUUGAUCUUCUCCGCCGUGGACAUUUGGGGCGAGGACGAGGACGGAAUCACGGAGGACAACUGCAGCAGGGACUGCAGAGUUGUUCUGGUGGAGAACAUCCCGGAGGACGUCACGUUCCCAAACGACACCGUGUCACACCUGCCGCUCUCGGCGGGGUUCUUCAACUUACUGGAUCAAGCCGUCCGCGUUGUGGAGAUCGUGUCACCGCUGUGGCUCCUCAACUCCUCCGAAUACGAGUCCAGCUUCCAGCCUGCUGCCAGACAGGGCAGACUUCUGCUGUCCAGGCUGCUGGCGCUCAAGGCUAGGAAAGUGCAGCUGAAGAUCUCCAGUGGGAUCACAGAAUCGACAGAGCUGAAGAUACUCACCAAAGCAGGUGCCGAGGUUCACUUUGUGAACACCACAGUGCUGACCAAGGGUCACCUCCACUCAUCCUUCUGGGUGGUCGACAAGAGACAUUUCUACCUUGGCAGCGGCAGCAUGGAGUGGAGAUCCCUGGCUACGAGGAAGGAGCUGGGCGUGCUGGUGUACAACUGCAGCUGUCUGGCUUUAGACCUCCACAGGGUGUUCAACAUCUACUGGGGGCUCCAGUCCAAAGAAUUCAUCCCCUCUUUCUGGUCCAAGCGCCUAUAUGCCCUCUUCAACAAGGAUUCCCCUCUGAAGCUCAACUUCAACAGCACGGAGGCCCAGGCAUACGUCUCUACCUCCCCUAAUGUCUUCAUUCCUAAAGAUCGGAGCAGUGACCUGGACGCCAUUUCCCAAGUCAUUAAAGAUGCCCGUUACUUCAUAUACAUCUCCAUCACAGACUACCUGCCCCUCCUCAACACCAGCACUUACAGGUUAGCCAUCUGCUACUUCGCUAGUGUGUUAACCAUCUGCCUGUUUAAAUCCUGGCUGCUUCAUGUGUUCUGUAUGCCUAUGCCAAGGUACUGGUCUCGCAUUGACGGCUUUAUUCGGGAGGCUCUGAUCCUCAGAAGGGUCAGAGUUCGUCUGCUGAUAAGUUGCUGGGAAAACACUCAUCCUCUGACGUUCAACUUUGUGUGGUCUCUGAGGAGUCUGUGCAUGGAGCAGGCCAAUUGCUCCCUGGAAGCUAAGUUCUUCAACCCCAGGAUACAGAGAGAUGGCAGUCUCCAAGGGAUAAACCACAACAGGUUCAUGGUGACGGACAGAGCAGUUUAUUUAGGUAAUUUGGACUGGGUGGGGAACGAGUUUACCUACAACGCCGGUGUAGGCCUGGUCAUCAAUCAACCCAAGGGCAUGGAGGAGAAGAACUCUACGGUGGUGGAGCAGUUCCGCGCCGCCUUCGAGAGAGACUGGUUUUCCAGUUACACCCGCUCCCUUCAGGCCAACAAGAUCCCAGUGUGUAACAAACGACAGAUGAACAGGAUGGUGACUGUCAAAGGUAGCCAGGUGGAUAACGGACCAGCACCACUGAGGAAUGAGCCUAACGAUGAUGGACAGCAUGGCACAGCAAAGAGUGAGACUGAUAUACCAGAGUCAGGGGAAGAUACUUUUCAGCCGAAAAUCCACCUUUUUGAACAGAAACAGGCACAAAUCAAAAAGAUUGUGUGGAAGGACACAAUAGAAGCCAACAGUCUGUCUUCUGAGAGCAGCGGCAGCAGAGAGAUCCUCCAUGGUCCCCUGUGACCAAACUUCAAGUAUGCUGUUGGAAAAAUCACUUCCUGGGUCUUUGUAGCAUUUUGUUAUCUGCCUUUUGGAGUUAACUAAAGUAGCUUUCAGUUUCGUGGACAAAGAAACUCAGGAAAGAAUGCUUCCCUCUGAUGCUACUCAUGAGAGUCGGGACGGACUACGUAUUGGACUUUCACACCACAAGAAUAAAGUCCAAAUCACAAAUCACAUCACCUCAUAGCACUUACAAGCAUCCAAUUAGAUUGUGCUGAUGUCAUUAGCCACCAGGGGGCAUAAUUGCAUGGUAUCUGGGGAUUGCUAUGAUAGACUCUAUUUUCAGUGUUUUUCUCUGCAUUCGUACACAAUUUCUAAGCGACGUCAAAUUGCUGGUUUAUAAUAAUAUCACAUGGCUUUGACACGUACAAGCAGGGAAGACAUUUGCAUGCUUUUGCAAAGAAAAAAAGCCAUUGCAAGAUGUUUAAGCAGCCAUGAAGUAUACUCUCAAAUGACUUUACAGUCGUUAAGAGUUUUUUCUGACAUUUACACCUAUUUUACUAACUGUAUCGUUGCGGACACAAAUUGACUGAUGUUAAAUCUACCCUUUAAAAUCAAAUGUAUCAGGGGCUACACUCUUUUUUUUAAAUGCACUUAAUCAAAUCAGUGCAUCGCUGUGCUCUAAAUUUGUCCCUUUAGUACAUUCUAAAACCAUCAAAAUCUAAAAUCAUGUUUUUAGUACAUUAUAAGCAGCACUAAGCAGCCUAAAACACUCUUUACAGUGGCCAUACAGUAAACUGCUAUUAUUAUUAUGGUUAUGGUAUUAGUUUAUUUGGAACGUGCAUACUGUUACAAUAUUCUAUUAUUCCAAGGGUUCUCACAGACAAACAUUGCAGUCUCUGGGCCCAUAAUUUGAAUUGAUUGGACAGUAUGUGCAUUUUUCCGAGAACCAAUGUGACUCUUGUCACUAUUGAUCAGUCUCUGGCACGUAAACGCUGUUCUCCUCAUACGUUUGACACAUGGACCUGGAGUUACAAGCAGACAAUUUAGUCUGGACUAAAAUAUUUCAGUCCUUUUGAAAGAUUACUAUUAUGUCAUUUGCAUUUUCAAACCUCCAACAAUAUUCAUCUAUGCACCUUUGCAGAAAAAAAAAGUACAUUGUGAUGCCUUUCUUGCUAAUAUGCAAGAGGGUGGGAACAUUCAGUAAAUAGCAUUAUUUUGCCUACACCCUUUCAGAAUCGGAUAUAUAAUUAGAUCACUAGUAACCUUUUACUGGUAUUUUCAGGAAAAUUAUGUUAUUCAAAGAUGGGACUGGGCCACAGUGGUUAUCCAGCACUAUCUAGUGGUCGCUGUGCAAAAAGCAGAAGGACAAUUCUUCAAAACAGCGUCAUAACAAUAGUAUAAAAUGAAAAUAGGAAUUUACAUCAAUAGCAAAUUCCCACCCAUAGAUGUUGAUUGCUGCUGGCACAGUAUGAUUGUAUUGGUAGUAUGUCACAAUAAUUACUGUAUACUCACUGAGUCAGCACACUGGUACACACAGCUGGUCUGUUUUCCAGUCACAGUCACUGGAAUCGUCAAUGUUUACUCCUAUGGAAUCAGAUACAAUCUUUAAAGUGCCACAUAAGCAAAUAAACAGAAAAAAUACACUAUAAAGGCACAAUAAGUGUUUUUACUUAGUUGAAUCAGAAAGAAAACCUUUUAUUAACACUUUUUAACCAGCUCCACAGUGACUGUUAAAGCUUUUUGAUUAAACGUGGCCUACCUUUAUGCUGUUUUUGGCAUGACUGCUGUCUUGCAUGCCCUGCCUUCGCUUGUGCACUGUAGAUAUGAGCCUUUCUAGUCUUAACACUAAACUAUAUAAACAUUUAAAACAAAGGAGAAGUAAUGCCUAUUUGUUUUAAUAAAAUUUGUUAAUGCCCACUGUUAGAUUAUCUUCUGCAUUUUU